AUGCAGGUCAGCGUCUGUGGACACUGUUCUCGCGUUGUAGGUACACAGUCUGAGACAGUCUCCAUGGCGAGUCGUGCAUAUGUUACCUUGGUCCAGAACCAAAGAUCAAAGAUCAAAGAAGAGCAACCUGAGGGUACUGAGGUAGUGAAUAUGCUGGAGUGGCAAAGAGACUUUCACCAAACUAAGCAACCUUGCCACGGCAAGCUUAGCUUAGGUCGUCGCCCAACAUAUAUGGAUCAUGGAGCCACCUUGCGACAUUUUGCCAAGACGGUGGUGAAUCUUAGUAGUGGUUUACUCUUAGCUAGGCUUCCGAUUCCGAAAAGUAGGAGUGUCGGAUGUGUCGAACUCCUUCUCAGCUUGGAAGACCUUGCUCGACGUCCAGAAUCACCUCCACGCCACUAUGAGGCGGUUGGGCGACGACCUGUGGUGAAAGCUAAGCUCGCCGUGGCAUGGCUGCUUAGUUUGGGGAAAAGUCUCUUUGCCACUCCAGCAUAUUCACUGCCUCAGUACCCUGCACACUGGGCCCUGCCGUCUCAGACGUCGGACGGUAUGGCGACCGGUGAGAGGCGAUCAAAUCUCAGGUUGCUCAGGACGUCAUUGAUUCUGGACCAAGGCGACACACGCACGACUCGCCAUGGAGACUGUCUCAGACUGUGUACUUACAACGCGAGAACAGUUUCCACAGACGCCGACCUGCAUGCCCUUCUCGGAGCUGCAGAGCGUAUCAAAUUUCACGUGAUUGCUCUGCAGGAGACCAAGUGCAGAAGGAGCGACGUACGACAGAUGAAUGACGGUACACUCGUCAUUCGUGGAGAGAAGGUUUCGUCGCGAAAUGUAGGCGGUGUUGGUUUCGUUGUGCACCCAUCUGUCGUCCAUCUCGUCGAUUCUCACGAGAUCCUGUCACCUCGUCUGGCCAUUCUUCGCCUCCGCCCUCUGCGCCAAAAAUCCAUCAGUAUCAUCAACUGCUAUUCACCAACAUCAGCAGCUGAUGAUUCCGAAUUGGACGCGUUUUACGAGGAGCUAGAGGAAGUAGUCCACAACGAGAAGUCCUUUUACAAAUUCGUUGUCGGAGACUUCAACGCAAAACUAGGAAAGGCCACAGAAGAGGAAUACAGGAUUGGAACAUUUGGACUAGGGGACCGGAAUGAAAAUGGCAAUCGUCUCGCCGGGCUGUUGUCCGCCGCUCGCCUCUUUCAUGGGAACUCUCUUUUCAUGAAAAAAGAUCAUCGUCGGUGGACAUGGGAAUCGCCCAAUGGCGCGACUCGUGCGGAGAUCGACCACAUACUCACCAACCGGAGGUGGUGUCUACUUGACGUCUCAGUAGUACCAUCCUUUUGUAGUGGUUCUGAUCACCAUCUCCUUCGUGCGAAAAUACGUCUUAGCCACACGAUGGAAAAGAACAUCUGCUAUCGGCAACGAAGGAGAAAAGAAGUCGUCUACGACGAUUGCGUACUCGAGGACUCCCUGUCCCAAGGUGACUGGCACAUCGAGGAGGACCCAAACGUGGACUACGAGAUGCUGCUCAGAGGAUUACGAGCCUGUGCUGAACGUGCCUCGAAGUCGCGCACGACAAACUUGGAUCGAAUUUCGAAGACCACCAAGGAAUUGUUAGGAAGAAGAAGGGCUUUGAGGCUUGAUCCGAAUGCAUCGCACAUUGAGCGGUUAGUAGCAAACACUAGCUGCAGAAAAGCGUUGCAGGAGGAUCUUUUGAAGUACAGGCAGAAGAAGAUUCUAGAAGCAGCACAAAGAAGAACGAGUCUAAAGAAGUGCCGCAGGGACCUCCGCGAAUAUAAUAUUCCGCUAGCAACCUUGCUGAGCGAAGACGGGACUCGCACGUCUUCUCGUCGUGAGAUGGAAAUCAUUACGGAGAGGUUCUACUCGAACCUUUUCCGUUCAUCAACUCCUGUGUCAAGCCCGAUCAUCCCCACUGGCGAAGCUUUACCACGGAUUCUCCCUUCGGAAGUAUGA